AUGAGGUGGUCAGUUGGUGCUAGGAUCGUGACUGCUGUGGCAGGUCUUGUCGCUGGAGUUCAAGCUGCGGACUCGUUUGCCUUCCGGGACUCUGAUACUGGAUUCCUUUUCCAGCAGUACAAUGCGGCGUACAAGAUUGGACUGACUAUCGCAUAUCGUGUCGCUCUACCAAGUCAGAUCAACACGACAUACCCCGUCGUCGUCCAGGUCGCGGCUCCCAUUGAUGUAGGCUGGGCAGCCCUUGCAUGGGGAGGAAGUAUGAUCAAUAACCCUUUGAUGGCAUGUUGGGCAAACGGUGCCAGUUCAACCAUAUCAUCUCGAUAUGCAGUAAGCCAUUCUCAACCUCCAGUCUACAGUGGAGCCCAAUAUGAAAUCAUCAAAGCCGGCACCUACACGAACAGGACUCAUUGGAAGGUCACGGCCAAAUGCACGGGAUGCACUUCAUACACUGGGGCCAGCAAUCGAGCUGUCACUCUCAACGCCAAUGGUAAUAACCGCUUCGCUUUCGCCUACUCUGGCACUAAGCCAUCGAAUCCAGCGUCAAAUACGACCAAUUUCCCCGUACAUGAGGUAACCAACUAUUGGAACCAUGACUUUAAUGCAGCGAAGAACCCAGAUUUCUCCGCACUACUAGUCAAGAAUGGGUUGAGUGGUGAUUCAGUCUAG